CUUUGGUCGAGUUUACAAAUUUGAACCCGUAGAUAGACCCUCGUUUCUUCAUCACUGUGUGCCAUGCAUAAACCUAGACUCUUCAGAUGUUUUAAUUAGGGUUUUAAGCUUUCCAUUCAGCAACAGCUUCUGGCAAAAUAAAAUAGAAGAAGAUACAAUUAGGGUUGUAGAUCGUUGUGUUCAAUCUGACCUUUCAUUUUUUUUCUUUCAUCUUGUGGAAAGAAACUAAAAGGCUUGAAAGACUCUGUGGAACUUUAUCAAGGGAUUUUCAACUUUGUGUGAACUAUGGAUGAUGGAGAGUUAGAAUUUUCAAAUCAGUUAUUAAAUAUGGAUAAUGAACUCCCAAGCAGUCGCUGUUUUUUCCAGGGAGAUGCUCAUGCAUCAACCCAUACACAUAUUUGCAAUCCUCCUGGUCCAGAUUCGUCUCACUCACAUACUUGUGUCCGUACCAAAAUCCGUCCUGUCCCAACUGGGGAUAAGGUAAGUACUGAUGAUACAGCAGAGUCUGCUGAAACAAAAUUCAAAAAACUCCCAUCUGGUAAUCGGGAAGCAGUUCGUAAAUACCGUGAAAAAAAGAAGGCUCGAGAAGCUUCAUUGGAGGAUGAAGUUGUUAGGUUGAGAGCCAUUAAUCAGCAACUGUUGACAAGGCUACAAGGUCAAGCUGCCCUUGAAGCUGAGGUUGCUAGGUUGAAGUGUUUGCUUGUGGACAUUCGGGGAAGGAUUGAAGGGGAAAUUGGAUCAUUUCCUUAUAGGAAACCUACCAAGAGUUUACAUGGGACUCCACAGAUCAUUCCACCCUCUAACUUGCUUGGGGUGUAUGAGAUGAACAACUGUGAUCUUCGGUGUGAUGAUAAGACUUAUUGCACGCAUCCUGGAUUGGAUAAUGUGGUUACUCAGGAAAUUGGUGUACUCAACAAUAAAGGAUGUGGGCCUUGUGAUAUCAGAUAUGGGCAGUGUGUUGGAAAUACCAAUAUAUCAAACGAAGAGCUUCCAGAUUGUGGACAAACCAAGGGUAUACAUGGGACUCCACAGAACAUGCCACCCUCUAACUUGCUCGAGGCGAAUCUGUGCGAUCUUCGAUGUGAUAAUCAGGUUGAUUGUAUGCAUCCUGGGUUGGAUUAUGUGGGUACUGACGGAUUGGAUAAUGUGGGUACUGGUGAAACUGGUGGAGAGGUAGAUUGUGCAAGCCCACACUGGAAUAUGAAUGAUUGCUCAAUGGAUUUUUUGAAUGAGUUUCCGUUCCUGAGAGAUAAUAAUGCCUACACCCAUACCCAUAUAUGCAACCCAGCUGGACCAGAUUCCUCUCACACACAUACUUGUAUCCGUUUCCACACCAAAGUUCUUCCCUCCCCAACUGGAGAUAAGGUGGUAUGGUGUAACCCAACGAUGCCAGCCGUCGAACUAGACUGAAAUUGAACACAAGCAUCAGAAAAAGUCCUAAUUGUGCACCUGGAAGCACUGAUCACAAUGGAGAAAAUGUGAAAGCUGCUGCUUAUCUUGUUGAAGAGCUACAAAUGGACGAGAUCCGAGCAUACUCUGAGAGGAAAAACAUACUUAGGAUGGCAAAGGUUCCAAAUAUAAACAUAGAAAUUGAAAUAGCCGCAAAUAUUAACAGUAUAUUCAUUAAAUAAAUUCUUUAGCUAUAUCUUUUGUUUCAUAAUUCCAGGAUUGAUAUAUGGGGAUACCAGUCACGAUCAUUUUGUUUUAUAUGGGUUUGUUAUCCCACUAUAUCGAUCAUGUUUAUGUCAUGACUCAUGAUCACUAAUUUUCAUACCUUUUGAAUUUUGAAUUCUCGAGUCGUGCAAUGUUUUUCCUUCAAAUGAGAGUACUCGGAUGAUAUAUAAUAGUUGACUUAGUGAGUAAUAGCAUGUAAAUUCCUAAGUA